UCUUCGAGCACACCGUGAGUGGACGAUCUGCGCGAUGGAAACGACAACCACCCCCAGCAUUGCGCUGUCCGCCGCAAAGGAAUGCACGCUCAAAUCGUGUACGCCACAUCUCAUGCCCUUCCACAUCGCCUAUUCUGGCCCUGCUCCAGUUAACACCUACUUUCGUCCACAACCAAUCGCUCCUCCUUCCUUUGGUUUCACCCCUACCACCUUAUCGGAAUCUCAAGACACCAUUGUAGACACAAAUUCACAACAAGACGCGUCUAACGCGUCUUCUUCGUCUUCACUUACGCUUAACGGUGACGCCACACCUCCAGUGGAGAAUGGAAAGCACUUUGUUGCUGCGUUCAGAGGGAGGACAGUUCACGGUUUGGAAAUCGAUUUGCCGGAAGGAUACACAGGCUUAGUCCUUCGUGCACCUUCCGCCAAUGCACCACCUCCGCCGUCCCGUACCAAACGUGAGGCGAACAAACGGUCCACACGACGUGCGAGACAGGCGGCAAUGGAAGAGGAAGAGGAAGAUGACGACAUGGAUGGUAAUGUGAUGGAACAAGAUACCCAACCUGAACGCAUGCUUACCCCCGCAUAUACAUUUGACAAACUCACGAUCUGGCAUCCCGACAUUCCGAUGGAUACGUCCAGAGACGAGUACUUCAGGGCGUUGUCCGAAUGGACGAAGCUUGGUGCAGUAGUGGGUGUUUCUGAGACAUACCCCUUGUAUUGAUAAGUCUGAUAGUCCGACCUUACUGCGUUCACAGUUACAUGACUACGAAGAGUAAUCACCUCCUUCUGGGCCUCUACCCAACUAAAGUUCAUUCUUCAAGGACAGUCAGAGAUCGGCAAGUUCGGACGUCGAGUAGCGUGGAGCCCGAAUGAGACGGUAUGCCCAAAAGCAUCCGGAUCGAGUCCCAUACGCGAAGGUACUGCCUCUUCGGAUGGGUAUACCUUCUUAUUGCGGACCUUCUACUAUAAAUCAUAGAGAAUGGCUUGGUAUUUCCUUGCAAUGACGAUCAUACUCGGAGCGUUUACAGUAGGCUGAGGUGUGCUUGCGGCUGGAUUGAAGACGGACGAUAGAGUGGCCGUCUGAUAAUAUAUGUAGCGUUACUUGCUGGUAUAUGGCACUGGGUCCUUCGGCCUCUGAUAUCAAUGAAUAGACGGCGGAAAG